AUGUAUGAUUCGCUUUCAGUGCAGAGCUUAGAUGCUCUCCUCUGGACUUUCACCACCAUCGCCAUUCUAUUGUCUGUUGGGCGAUUCGCCAUCCGCUAUGUCACCGCCUCAAGGUUCUACUGGGAUGACGCUUCGCAUCUGCUUUCGCUCCUUCUCCUCAUAGCUCUCGCCGGCACAUACACAGCCGGGUUUCCAUAUUCGGCUCGAAUCGCAAGGAUAGGUCUCAAAGAAGAAGCCGCACCACCACUUACAGAUCCUUUCUACCACACCUAUCUGCAACUCAGGCUAGUCGUAACGCUGCUGGUAUUCAUGGUGCUGUGGACAGUAAAAGCGACAUUCCUAAUCUUCUACCGACUCCUUUUUGAGGUGUCUCUCACUUUCAUCCGGGUAUGGUGGGCGGCUGUUGCACUUACCUUCGCUUCGUUUUGGGUAUGCAUUGGCAGCACCUUUACAAUUUGCGGAUCUGCGAGCGACCUGUAUACAUUUGAGAAGUGCUCCUCACCUCAGACACUGUACAACAUUAGGGCUACCUACAAAUACUGGUGUGCUCUGAACGUUUCGUCAGACCUUAUAGUCAUCGUAUUGCCCCUCUUCAUGGUCUGGGGCCUCCAGCUGCGCCAAUCACAGAAAGUGGUUCUUGCCGGAAUCUUCUCCCUCGGCUUGAUAAUUGCCAUCUUUGACAUCCUUCGCACGGUUGAGUCUCUUCAAUCGGGCACGUUCUCUGGCGUUGCGCUGUGGUCGAGCCUCGAAGUCACCAUCGCGGUCAUGGUCGCGUCUUUACCACUCUAUCGAGUCCUGCUUACCAGCAAGGGGAGGAAGAGUCUUUUAUCUCGUGGCAGCAUAGGUCGUUACAAAGACAUGAGUGAUGGCCAGACCGGAGUCGACAGAAAAGGUUCUGACGGUCGAAGCUGGCGACCUAGUAAGCCAUCGGUCAGUACCUUUCGAGAUGACCUGGAAACACGCGAUUUGGCAUCAGCGGAUUGUGGGGCGCAAGACCAGCAUUUUCCACUUGCUCCCCUGUCACACUAA